AUGUCUAAUCCGAAAUCGACAGAUAAUUCCAUUGCAAUGUCUCUGGCAAUUGAUACAUCCAAUUCAGAUAAAUUUGUUGAACCAGAUCCAAAUGAAUUAAACUUUGAAGAAUACUAUGCUUUGCAUCAAUAUGCCAAUGAUUCAAAAGGUAAUCCUAAAUAUGCAAAAAAGAGAAAUCGAGAUGAAUUUUAUUUGGAAGAUGCUGAUGGUAAACCAGUAUAUGCUUAUAAAAAGUUGAAAUCUGGAAAACAGGAACCAAUCUUUGCUACAGAUUCAAAUAAUAAUCCAAUAAUUGCUUCAUAUCAAAAUAAUCCAAUUUAUCCAUUCGAUUCUGACAAUAAACCUUAUUUUCCAACAAAAGGGAAUAAACAAUAUUAUGCUCAAAAAGACGGAAUGGAAAUUUAUCCCGAAAAUGCAGAGAAACAUCAAUUUUAUGCUAAAAAUGAAGAUAACGAUGAAUAUCCAGCUAAAGAUAUGAAUCAGCAAGAUUAUUAUGCUCAUACAAUUAAUGAAAAUGAUCAGAAUGAGGAAAUUUAUUUUAACCUGGAUAAUGGUGAAGAAUACUAUCCUACAACAAAAUUAAGCGAUGGUAUUGAAUAUUAUGCAAAAAAUGCAUCAGACGAUGAAAUUUACCCUAAAUUGGAAUCAGGUAGUCAGUAUUAUAGAAUAAAAGAAAAUACUGAAUAUGCUGCUUUACGUGUUAAUGGUGACGCAUAUUACGCAAAGACAAAAGAUCAAGACGAAUAUUAUCCAAAAAUUUAUCUUGAGGGUGCAACGAGAGACUUAAGUGUUGAACCUGAAUCUUAUUUUGGUGAGGAUAAUAAUCCUUAA